AGAGAGAGAGGGCGUCUCCUUCCCUCGCUGCUGCCGAUCGAUGCGCUAGUGUUUACCUGAGGAGCAAAGCCUACCUGUGGAUCCUCUUCUCCCCAGCAGCCCGGCACCAUGGGGAUAUCCGCGUCCAGCCUGCUGGAUGAGACCAAAUCCAACUACAUCAAAGGCCAAGCUGAGGCUGAGCUCAAACAGUUUAGUCCCUACUACAGGAAGCAGUUCUCUGUGGCCCAUUUCUCCCAGGUAGAGGAUGAUCUGGAGCAACAAAAGGAGAAGAUCACACAGCUGCUCAAACAGAGGGAGGGUCCUGAGGAGGGGGAGGUGCUGUAUGAGGAUGCUGUGCUUUACUUUGACGACACCAGGAAGUGGAGAGAGAGGUACGUGGUGGUGAGAGCCAACUACUGCCUGGAGUGUCACGACAGCCUGGAGAGUUUUGUCAAAGGGGUUCCUCCACGACACAAGCUGCUGCCUACAGGGGGCACCGUCCUGACCACAGACGAGAAGUACAUGGCCAUGGUAGACAAGUGCUUCCCUGAUGAUACCAACAAUGUGAAGGAGGAGUUUGCCCCCAGUCUGUCAGGUAUGCCAGGACAGUUCCCGGUCUACCUGCGCCUGCCGUACCGCAGGGACUCCUACUUCUGCUUCCGCCAGGAGGCCAAGCAGGCCGCCUUCAUGUCCAUCCUGUCGGACUGCAUACGACACCAGAACCAAGACUUCCUGAAGAAGAAGACAUGUGAAGUGCAGGCUUUCCUCAAAGGCAUCCAGCUCUACAGGCAAGAUAAAGGCAAAUACGAAGCCUGGGAUAUGCUGAUAGGAAGUGAUGUCAGGGUGAUGGCCAAUCUAGUGAUGGAGCAGCUGUUGCCGUCCCUAGAGAAGGACUUGCUGCCUCGCCUCAAGGCCAAGAAGACAGAGAAGAAGCGAGUGUGGUUUGCUACGGUGGAGGCGGCGUACAUUCUGGUCCAGGAGCAUCUUUUGGAGGGGCUUUCAGCACUGAAGGAGGAAUGCCGCACCUUAGCCCGCCAGCAGGAAGUGCUGAUCCACUCUGACAUGGACCAGAUUUGCAGCGCGAGAGGCUCACUGGAGGACAAGCUCCGAGCCGGUAUAUCAGGGCCAGCGGAGAAGCUGUGCUCCGACACUGUCCAGCCUUACCUCGCCUCUGUCCUGGAGGAACUGAUGGAGCCAAUCAGCUCGGGUUUCCAGGAUGGACGACAGCUGAGCGACAGCAUGAUGGACCAGGUGUGUCAGGACUACCAGGGUGGUGGAGUUAACGAAGAUCUGAAAAAGGCCCUGACUAACAUGUCGAGGCCCAACCUGCUGAGCUGCUACCAGCAGAUCGCUUCCCUGCAGGAGAAGCUGCAUAACCUGCAAGAGAGAUUUGGUUUCUCCAACAUCACAAGUCUGAUCCACAGCGCACAGAUAGACCUACAGCAGCUGAUGGAGAAUGCGGGCUGUACGUUUGAGCAGCUCGUCUACACUGCCAUCGAGAACAACCCAGACAACACAGCCUCUGCCAUAGAGAAGGCCAAACACAGGGUGCUCAAGCAAUACGAUUAUGACAGCAGCACAGUGAGGAAGAGGAUCUUCCAGGAGGCUCUGGUGGCGAUCACUCUGCCCCAUAUCAAGAAGAACCUGGCACAAGUCAGCAAAACUGAGCUUCAGGGUCUUGAUCAGGCCAUCUAUGCUGACCACGCCAACUUUAUCCACGUGGAAAAUGUUUAUGAGGACAUUCUCCUGCAGACUCUGGACAAGGAAGUAACUAAAGUGGUUAAGGAGGCGGCAAGCCUGAAGAAGUACAACCUGUUCACUGACAGCAGAGACAUCCUGAGCCAGUCCAGCCGCUCCAGCCUCUCCUCCCCCUCAGCGUCCACGCCAGGCAGCCCAGCCCGGGUGUUAGCAUCCCCCAUACUGUCCUCUCCUGAGCCCCAGCCCCCCUCUCCUCUCGUGGUAAAUGGUCUGUCCCCAGCUGCACAGGAGACAUCCAGCACCACAGUGGAGGAGCAGCAGGAGAAGGAGCAGGAUGCACUGCCAGACAAAGCUGAAGCAGAUGGGACAGCUGCCGCAACACCUGUGGAAACAUCUGUGGAGACACCUUUAGUUAAAGAGACAGAGGCCACUCCGAGUGUCACUGUGACGCAGCAGGCAGAGGCUCCGGCACCUGCGGCAGAUGACAGUGCCAUCCAAACUGUAGUAGCUGGAGAAGACCCACUUGAGACAGUAGCUAUGGAGGACGCGGCCACUCCAGCAGAGACAGACAAAGACGACUCAGCAGAGGCCCCAGAGACUGUAACUGAAGAGGAAGCGACUGAGACAGAGAAAGUUGAGACAGCUGCAGUGCCUGAAACGCAGAGCACCGAUACCCCAAACAGUGUAGAAAUAGCUUUGUCAGAAACUCCACUUGCUGUAGAAAGCAUAGAGGUAAAGACAGAGGCACAGGAGCCAGUAGCACAAACUGAAGCCCCUGUUGAAAGCCCUGACGCUGCCCUACCUGCCGCUGAGCCUGCAAACACGCAAGCCCCAGUGGAUACAUUAGCCGAAGGCAUUGCUUCUCUAACAGUUACCACCACUGAGGGAGAUGCUGCGAGUGACACACAGGAUGACAGCUCUAAUAUCAAUUUAGAGGCCCCCUCUAGUGGUGAGGAACCUGUACUUGCACCAAGAGAUGUAAGCCUUGUUGUAGAUGCAGAGCAGGUUAACAAGUCAGGCCCCUCUUCUCUAAACGUGUCAGUUGGAAGUGAGUCGGUCCCCUCCGAUGUGGAGUCCGUCGAGGAGGCCAAAGUGGCACAGAGCAGUGAAGAUGAAGUCUCACCGACCUCUGACCUUGUGGAGGGGGAAGUUCAUGCCAGUGAAACGCCCAUGAGCUCGGAUGUUCCCGCUGAGGAGACGCCAGAAACAAACACGGUAACCCCUAGUAACGACCCUGCUCUUGAAGCACAGACAGGCGUUGUUAGUAGUGAUGUCAGCGUGAGUGGGGACGCUGAAGCAGGUGCUAGUGUGAAUGAGCCCGCAGAGGAGGGGUCAGACACCACGACCUCAGCCUCUGCUGAACCUGCUGAAGAGGCUUCCCCCCCUACCCCUGAAGCCCGGGCCCCGGACUGCGUCAAGGAGAUCCGCGACCUGGUGGUGGAAGUGAUCGAGGUGGAGGAGCUGGUGCAGCGUUAUCCCAGUGGAAUUCCAAAGGAUGACUGAAAAAAGUCACAGAUAUAAGAGCUUUUGACAGACAGCUCUAGCAGCUUUAGACAGUGACACAUGGGUAACAUUAAGAGGCAAUGGAAAUGAACAGCAUCCCAUUCAGCAGGGCUAGGGAUUCCUAACAGGGACAAAAUAAUUACAGAUCCAGUGUUUUGAUUUUAAUCUAAUUUCCAAUGUAAGUAUAAUCAUUUUUUCAGUGUUUUAUGAUUAGGUUUUGCUGUAAUUGUGCCAUCACCUGCAUACCAAUACUUCUAUUUGUGGAAAACAUAUGGAACAGAUAUAAUGAUGGAAAUUCCACACUCAGCGACUCCUCAAUAACUAUGCAUACAGUUGACCAGGCAGAGAAUUCAUUAAACCUUUGUUGGGGUGCAGCAUGAUGGUGCAUUCGGGCAGUCUUUGUCAACUUAAGUUAGAAAUUAAGUCACAAAGUUCCCGGUUUACCACUGGAAAUUUCAAUUCCAAGUCUGUUUGAUUCUGUUGACAAGGGACCAUUUUUUUUAAAGGGAUUAGUAAAAUUUCCACGGCGCUGACAAUUACAACUGUUUGGGUAAUUUGAAAUAAACAGGUCCUCUGUGAAAUGAUACUGACAAAUUGAGAAAUGUGAUUUUUAUUGCACGGGACCUUUACGGGUGCUGUAGUGAGCUGUAAUAGAAUUAUUAAGAAGAGAAAAUAAACAAGACUAGUCUGCUCUUACUGCUGCUAUUUCUAUUGCCUCAAAAUGUUGCUCUGAUGUAUCACAGCGAGAAGAGUUCAAACAGAAACCUACCAGGAAAGACAAGCUGGACGAAAUUCUGGCUCCUGAGAAAUACUGAACUGUUACAAAACUUCCAUGAACUUAGACACAUAUAGUAUGCAUGCAAUUAAGAUAAAUAAUUUAUAUAAAUGAUUUAUAUUAUCAAUAUAUAUAGAGAGAGUGUAACUUGGGUAUAAAAAACCAACAGCUGGGUUUUCCAAAAGCAUCUUCCAAAGGUAUGAUCAUCUCACAUGUGACAUCUAACAUCUGUUUAAUUUGCCGACUUUCACGUGAAUUGUCUUAACACUAAAAUAACCUUGGCACCAAGACUGGAGCUGUGUGUUGCAAUUUUAUUCCACAAUGUGAUGACACUGCUGGGGCUGAAAUUUGUCUUUAUAUUUUCUUUAUAGUGCUCUGGGUAUAGAAUCAAGGACCAAGAAUAAUUGAGAAACAUAAUCAUAAUCAUGAUACUGUUUGAAACAGACUUGUGGGAACACAGUCUCACGUGUGUCACAGAUUCUGUCAUUUUUAAUUCCUUUUGUAAUCAUAUGCAUUUUGAUUUUUUUGUGAAGUCACUAUACCAGAUAGAUUAAUAUAUUUAACUAUUUUAAUUGUUGUACUGGAUCAACACCACUGCCAAACACACAAAGAUACUGUUGUUGUGGUUUUUUUCCUGUUUGAUGUGUGAUCUGGCUCACUGAAUGAUUGAUAUUUUUCUAAGGUCAAGCUCUCACAGGAAAACCCAACAAGUAGCACAUCAAGUGCCUUUCCACUACCUUCAGCUACUCAUGUUUCAUGUUGCCUUCAAGUGCCUUAAAUCUCAAUCCCACUAUGAAGGAAAGCAGCCUGUUUCAUGUGAAUGUGGUUGCCAUAGAGACUGGUUGGUCUGUGAAUACCUGUGCUGGAGCACCAUCACCACCAAGUGCCUGUUGUCUGAUUAGUGCAUCUUGUACUGACAUGGUUUGUAAGACAGCGAUGCGAAUGUGUGUGAUGAACAGUACAGAGACUAAAAAUUAUUUCCAGGAGUUUUCCUCACUGACCAGAAGAUGAAUGUUUUUAGGUUUCAUGGCGAUGUUGUGAAAGUAUGAAUUAAAUAGUGUAUAAACAAACUAAACAAA